UGGUAAAGGACUUUGAGAAUACUAGAUCUUUGGGCUGUGGAUGCUGAAAAGAUGAUCUUGAUUCUUGUACUCGCUCUUUGUGGUUUGACCACAGCAGUGGAUCAUGGCAUGUACGACCCUAACCUUUUCGAAGGAGAUAUGCUUCUGACGCCCGAACAGAAAGCAGCAGUCUUGCACGGAGUGAACGGACGUGCCUCUGUUAACACUAAACUAUGGCCUGAUGCUGUUCUACCCUACACCAUUGAUGCUAGUCUAGCAAAUGAUGCACGUGGUAUGCGGGCCAUCCGUGCUGGCAUGAAGCUUUGGACCGAUUCUACUUGUGUUCGAUUCAAACCCAGAACCAAUGAACGUAACUACGCUCAUUUCUACAUUGGAGGAGGAUGUUCAUCGCAUGUCGGACCAAUUGGAGGAAAACAGUAUAUCUCUCUUGCCCGAGGAUGUUGGAUGCCGAGUAUAGUAUCCCAUGAGAUUGGUCACUGUCUUGGCUUCUUUCACGAACAGUCUCGACCUGACAGAGAUAACUACGUGACAAUUAUUUGGAAUAACAUUCCCCAAGCUAUGAGGUUCAACUUCAACAAGCUUAGCAGUUCCCAGAUCGAUUCGCUUGGUACUCCAUACGACUAUGCAUCUGUCAUGCACUACGAUAGAACAGCCUUUGGCUCUGGACGGGAAACCAUUCGACCAAAGCAAGCUGGAGUUACUCUUGGCAACAAACGUGGACCCACAGCCAUUGAUAUCAAACAGAUGAAUCUCUUGUACAAAUGUAGUGGUGGAGGCGGCGGAGGAGGAGCAACACAAGCUCCAGUGACACAAGCUCCAGUGACACAAGCUCCAGUGACACAAGCUCCAGUGACACAAGCUCCAGUGACACAAGCACCAGGGGGUUGUGUUGAUAAAGACAACCGCUGUCCCACAUGGCCUAGCUACUGCCAAACGAACGACUAUGUGAAGGCAAAUUGCAAGAAGACGUGCAAUCUUUGUGGCGGUGGAUCUUGUCAAGAUACAGAUAGACGCUGCCCGUAUUGGCCAAGGUACUGCAAAACUAAUGCCUAUGUGCAAAAGAACUGCAGAAAGACUUGUGGAUUAUGCAGUUAGAUCAACCACACUUCAUCAACACUAUGGAUUAUUCACAUGUAGUUGACAAUAUACCUAUAUAUAUGAAUAAAUGAUCUUGACGAUUCAAUGAUCUUAGCCAAUCAGAA